AUGAUCUGGACAAACUACCCGAGAAGCUUCAAGGUUUCAAGCCUCCCAAUGCUAUUUACAGUUCGACGUUUGUCAGACGGCAUGAUGUUCGAUGCGCUUAUCGCCAACUUCGAUGGUAUCAAUCUCAGGCUCAAGACUGUCAACGAGCUUCGAAUCGACACGACAACAUACGAGCUUGACGUUGUGCAUUUCGCACUUGUGACCGUCAACAUCUACAUCGUUGUCUUCCCCCCGGUUCAAACAAGUAAUGAUGUCUUCAGCAUCGCCUUCUUGCAAUCUGCAGUUCGAAUGAAGCAACUUGUCGGUAGGAAGCUGAUACCCUCCAUCCACGAUUCUUUGUGGGGUUUCUUGAAUCAGACUGAAGAUCGAGAGAGUUCAAAAGCAUCAACGAUGUGA